UGAGAGUGGUGUGAGUUGUGGUGCUGUCCUCCGACACUUGUGGUACAUCCUGCCUCUCCUGUGCUUUCCUGCCAGGCUGAGUGACAGUCCUCAGCGGGCAAGAGGAGUGGAAGGAGAGCACACCUCGUGCCUUCGACUGCGGGAGGAUUGCUGAGCUUCUGGCUGCCUUCUCCCUGCUCAGAGUAGUUCCCAAGAGAAAAACUUCCCCACAUGGCAAGUAGGAACGCCUUAAAUCAUGAACUUUCUAAGCUUUUCAAUGAGAUGUGGGAUGCAGAUGUUCACUGCCUUAGGCCUGGGAAAGACUACACAAUUGAUGUGCAGGGAAAAGCGGGUCCAGCACAGCAAGGUAACAAUGCUGUCCAGGACAACGCAGCCAGACAUCUGUUUCACAAUGUACGCGAAGAACGCCUGAGGAGCAUAAAAACUUUUGCAACCUUUAUUUCCUUAUUGGACAACUAUGAGACACUAACUGGUGUAGCAGAAGUAGUGACUCCAGAAGAAAUAGUUGAAAACAAUUGUUUCCUUGAUGCUAUGUUAGCAACAGAAGUCAUGCAACUAGCUCAUGACAAUCUGCUGAAAAAAAACCUAGCAAGGCCAAACCUUGCUGAUUUCAAACAUCAGCUUUAUGACAUCUGGUUCCAGCUCUAUGCCAGGAAAGAAGGAGACAGAUCUGAUUCUUGUGGUUUUGAACACGUUUUUGUUGGAGAAACAAGGCAUGGUAAAGAGAUCUUAGGUUUGCACAACUGGGUGCAAUUUUACCUUCAGGAAAAGCGCAACCAGACUGACUACAAGGGAUACGUAGCUCGGAAGAACAAAACCAGGCCUGAUAAAGAUGACCAAGUUUUGAGCAUCCAGUUCAGCUGGAAGGGGUCAGUCAAACCCGGAAGCACCUUUAUUGGUGUCAGCCCGGAGUUUGAAUUUGCCCUUUACACAGUCAUUUUCCUGCUGUCUGAAGAAAGAGUUACACCUGAAACAGUGAAAAUAGAUGAGUACGAACUACAGAUGGUUGUCUGGCGCCAUGGGCACCACAUUGGAACAGCAUAUCCAGUACUGCUCAGCACCACUAGUGAAGAUUAGUGGAGUGAGCAGGGAACUUCUUUUUUUAAAUUGAGGGAAAGGAGGAGUGGUGGAGAGAGGAGGAAUGGAUGGGGGUUGGACAGGACCAGACAGCAAAGUUAAUAUGUUGUUUUAUACAACUCAUUCCAAGUAAAAAUUGAUUACUCCAUCUCUUUUCGUCUGCAAUGGAAUAUUUAAUCAGUAGUGUGCUGUAACACUGUCUGAGAAACCAUGAAACAUACUCCUGCUUGCAUUAAAUUUACAUCUAAAUUACAUCAGUUUUCCCUUCUGCAUGACAGCACUGUACUUUUCAGCAAAUAAUGGCAUUUAGGAAAAGGUUCUAUUAAAAUUGAUAUACAUAUUUCUCUUAGUUUUUAGUCACUGCAUAUCUAAAAAAGCAAUAACCACACAUUGCUUACACUUUACCUUCCAGACAGAAGCUUUUAUUUGGUACAGGCAGAUAUCCAGGAUGUUUUAGUCUCCUCUUCUCAUUCCAUAAGAGGUUAAUUUCAAAUGCAUUAUUACAAUACAAUGACCUGGACACACAGGGAACACAUUUAGGUGGGGAGAUGGUCAUCAGAUCCACAGCAGGCCUUAAAAUAUUUUGUUUCUUUAACACAAUUUUCAUAUACUCCCUAUGUAUUCCUGAAACACCUGGAUGACAACUUCAAGCUACAGGUACUAAGAGGGCUGACUAGCAAAGAUGCCCUCCCUCCUUGAUUUGUUGCUUGUCAACAGAGAGGAUCUUGUGAUCCUCUUGAGUGGAGAUUGGUGGCUGUCUUGGCCACAGUGACCAUGAAGCCAUCAAGUUUAAAAUCUCUGGUGACAGGAGGAGAAGUGCCAACAAAACUUAAACCCUGGACAUGGGAAGAAGCGACUUCGGGUCCCUCAGGGAACCAGUAAGUAAAUUCCCACUUUGUAGUGGUUUUGGUUCAUCAAUUUGAGAUUUUUAAGAUCUUGAAUUCAAGAUUUUGAGAAAAAAAAUUAGGUUUUUUUAUUGUUUUUUUUUUU